AUGAAGCGCCUCGAAGCUCAGUACGGAGUCAUCACUCAACACGUCAGCCACCAAACGCUGAUGAAGGCAAUUGGGCAUAAGGGAUCAUUCAUGAUCCUUGGAAACUUGUGUUUGAAGCUUAAUUUGAAACUUGGAGGAGUUAAUCAUAAUUUACGAAUCUCGGAAAGUUUCCUCAAGGCAAAUUCUGAUUUACGCAACAUGGAUGCUACGCUAUUUCCAAAGACUCGUAUGUUUGUCGGAUUUGAUAUUAGCCAUGCUGGUCCUCAAUCAUUUGCUGAGCGUCAGUUGAAGAAACCACAAAGCGAGCCGACUGUAGUUGGGAUGGCAUUUACAAUCGGAGAACCAACAAAAAUUCGUGGAAGUUAUUGGAUGCAGGAACCGCGCGAAACGUCGAUCUCCGACAUUGCAGAGUAA